CUAACGAAGCGUCCGGUCUCCUCUCCCCCUCCAACCCCACGACGCCGGACUCCCUCGCGUCGCCUCCGCUCCGCUCCGCCCUUUCGUCCUCGCGUACCCUAGGUAGGUAGCUAGCGAGGCUUCCGGUCUCGGUUCGGUCUGGGCGGACCACGGGAGCGGCGGCAGGAUGGCGCUGAGGGGGGUCUGGCAGCUGCAGAAGCUCGUGGUGAACUUCUGCGAUUGGGGAGGGAGCAGCAGGGGGAUCAGGGCCUUCAUGGAGACACAUCUUCCAGCCUUUAAGGAAAAGAAUCCACAGUUAGAGGUGGUAACAGAGCUUGUCCGUGGUCAGCAUCCUAACUUGAAGGGCAUUUACAAAAAUCAUAACGAGCGAGUGGUUUGUGUCAGAAAUUUACCGCCUGAGGAGAUACUAUUGCAAGCGACAAGGCUAAGGAAUUCUCUGGGCAGGAAAGUGGUGAAGCUGAGAACAAGACACGUAACGAAGCGCCCCAGUGUUCAGGGAACAUGGACUACAGAAAUGAAGAUGUGAGACAAGCUGUUAUAGUGUUGCCGACGGUGCGAUUGCAGAAAUUGUGUCAGAUCCGUGCCGAGAAAUUUGUUAGCGCUGCUGUACACAGCUUGCUACCCUAUUUCAUCGGCUCAGACUCUUUUUUUCUCCUUUUGUUUGAAGCAUAAUCUGAUAAUAACAUGUACACUUGAGAGUUUCUUAUCAGUGUCAGCCUGUCAGAUUUCAGUUGGUGGCA